AUGCUUAACCUUGCCCUCUUACAAAACAACUCUGCAGUUACAAACUCCCCCCUUACCACAUUCUCAUCUCCCAUUAAGAUGGCUACUCCUUAAUUGAGCCACUCCUCCUCCCAACCUGGCUCAUUACUAUCCCUUAAUCCCUUCUGCUUAAACAAUACUAUGCUUCCCUAACAAGUCAAUUAAUUUGCCUUGAAAAAUGCUACAUAAUAAGCUCCCAUUGACUAAGAUAUUCUUCUUUAGCACAUCAAUCAUCUCCUUAUCUAAAAGGAAAAGCAAGAAUAACAACAAAUGCAAUAAAAAUUACUAAUUGAUGCACUCUUAAGUUAAAUUCAAGCACAAUAAAGCUAAUAAUAAUUGUAAUAGCAAUAACGCUAGUUACUUUUACAAUAAAUCAACAUGCCUACUCUUAGUUGCUUGAAAAACGCUAACGAAGAAAGCAGCUAUCCUAAUAGCAUUAGCUCCUCCAUGACCAACAUUAAUGUCUAACCUUAAAUUUAUAACAUGGAACACAAGCUUAGUGUUAGCUCAUUCCCUUCCUGCGAUAACAUCAAGCGUGAAGAAGAAUAACAAUAAAUACAAUAACAACCCAUCUUCUUCCCUCAAUAAUAAUAACCUACUAACUUUUUCUUCCCCCAAUAAUCCCUUGUAUAAUAAUAAAUCUAAUAAUAACAACAACUAUUCCAACAAUCUUUCCUCAAUGCCUAAAAUCUCUUAACUCUCAAUCCUCUCACUUCAGAAUUGAAUGUCAAGAGAAAAUUCGAAGAAUUGGAUUCCUCCUCCUAAUCAGAAUCCACUUCUAUCCGUAAGAAAAAAUUGAUCGCCAAUGGCGAAGAAGAGCGUUGCGUAGAUAUCAAGUCUAGCAUGAGAAAUACCACUUCCUCUACUCUUCCCAACACUCCUACUUUACCCUCCAGCAUGACUAAGUCAAAGAGCGAAAUUAAGAAGGAAGAUUUAAAGGAUCCUCGUAGCAGAUCUCGUUUCCAUAACUUGACUAAACUUUUCUUAAACUCUCUCCUUUCUAUUUUCACCCGUGAAAAUAUGAGCAAAAUUAACAUCGAACCCCUCUACUAAGAAGAAAUCAUUAAAUGCAUCGCCAGAGUUAAAUAAUCAGGAAGAAAAACUCAAGGAAAGGUUUGCAAGACCGAUCUUUUCAACCACUCUCACUACAACGUUCUCUUCUUGAAGUUAACUCACGAAAGUAUUUAGGAAAUCGCUAACAAGCCUAAAGAUGCCAAUAUCCACAAGGCCUGUUUUGAAAUUGAUGUAACUCUUCCCAUUCCUUAAUUCUAAUUAGAACACAUCAACAAAAUCAAGAAAUACAUCUUUGAAAUCACUUAAUCCGUUCUAGGAAACCCUGUUGAAUCCGACUCUGUUCGUGAUGAAUACUGGCUCCGUGCUAUGGUUGGUAUCAAGUAACUCUCUGAAGGAAAGUUAAUUUACAGAUUCUAAUCCAUUUCCUCUACAUAAGCAACUGCCGCUGCCCUUACUAACAAUAAAUCUUCCUCCGAAGAUGAAGAAUAAGAAAGCAUCUGA